ACCAGGGAGCAGUGGGAGGAAAACAAACGCCACACGACGACUCUAAUGGAGAUGAUGCUAAAUUGGCUCCUCAUAUCCACCACCACCCUCUUCAUCUUCAUCAUCUCCACCAUCUUCUUCUUCUUCUUCAAAAGUCACAACAGUGGAGGGCUCCCUCCAGGCCCAACCGCCAUCCCCAUCCUCGGCAACCUCCAAUGGCUCUGGACAUCACUCCGAAACAUUGAGCCACUCCUCCGAGACCUCCAUGCGCGCCUUGGCCCCAUCGUCACGCUCCGCAUCGGAUCUAACUGCGCGAUAUUCAUCUCCGACCGCCACCUUGCCCACGACGCCUUAGUCACCAACGGCGCAGUCUUCGCCGACCGUCCCCCCGCCUUACCCGCCUUGCGCGUCUUCAAUAGCAACCAACACAACAUCAGCUCCGCCUCCUACGGUCCUCUCUGGCGUCUCCUCCGCCGCAACCUCAUCUCCGAAAUCCUCCACCCUUCUCGAGUCAAGCUCUUCUCCAAUGGCAGGCAGUGGGUUCUCAACAUCCUCAUCUCCAAGAUCCGCGCCAGCGCCGAGGCAAACAACGGCAUCGUCCUUGAUUUCAAAGAAAAUCUCCAGUUCUCCAUGUUCUGCUUGCUUGUCCUCAUGUGCUUCGGCGAGAAGCUCGACGAGAAGGCCAUUAGAGACAUCGAAACGGCGGAGAGGAACUGGCUUCUGUACUCCAGCAAGCUCACUGUCUUCGCUUUUUUUCCCAGAAUCUCCAAGCUCAUCUUCCGAAAGAGAUGGAACACGGCCAUGGAUCUCCUCCAGAAACAAAAGGACAUAAUCAUACCAUUGAUCAGAACUCGAGAGAAGCACAAAGAGAAGCAGAACAUACAAGGCCGGGGUGAUGAUGAAAAGGAGAGGUUUGUCUACUCCUAUCUUGAUUCUCUUCUAGACAUCAAACUCCCUGAAGAGGGAAACCGGAAACUCACUGAUGAUGAACUGGUCACCAUCUGCUCUGAAUUUCUCAUCGCCGGCACCGACACAACGGCGACUGCUCUGGAGUGGAUCAUGGCGAAUCUGGUGAAGCACCCGGAGAUACAAACUAAGCUGUUUGAUGAAAUACAAGGAGUGGUUGGGAGUGAAGCAGAGGAAGUGAAGGAGGAGGAGCUUCAAAGAAUGCCUUAUCUCAGGGCAGUGAUACUUGAGGGACUUAGAAGACAUCCACCCGGCCACUUUGUAGUACCCCACAGCGUCAAAGAGGACGCAAUGCUCAAUGGAUACGUGAUUCCAAAGGGUGCUUCUAUAAAUUUCAUGGUUGCAGAGAUUGGGAGAGAUGAGAAGGUGUGGAAGAACCCCAUGGAGUUCAGGCCUGAAAGGUUUAUGGAAGGCGGUGAAGGACAAAGAACGGAUAUAACUGGGAAUAAAAAAAUCAUGAUGAUGCCUUUUGGAGUUGGGAGAAGGAUAUGUCCAGGACUUGACCUUGCUAUGCUGCAUUUGGGAUAUUUUGUGGCUAAUUUAUUUAAAGAGUUUAAAUGGAAAGCUGCAGAUGGAGAAGAAAUAGAUGUUGAUCAAGAAAAAUCAGAAUUUACUAUUGUUAUAAAAACUGCUUUCCGCGCUAAAGUUAUUGCCAGAAGAAUUUAAUAUUUGUUUUGAAUAGGUUGGUUUGGCAUAAAUUAGCGAUUAUGUGUAUGCAUUUGUCUAUGGGUGUGACUUGAUAUUCAACUCUUGAUGAUUAAAUACAAUUUACAGCAUAAUUAAUUAUAAA